AGUUCAUAGUUGUAUUAUCGGUGUGCUAAGGAACAGACAUCGGAUCAUAGAGUUCAGCAAUGGCAAGUAGUGGUGAAGAGGAGGUGAGGAACAAGCAGGUGAUAUUCAGGGACUAUGUGACCGGCAAUCCGAAAGAGUCGGACAUGUAUGUGACUACCAGUAGCACCAUCAAGCUUAAGGUUCCACAAGGCUCAGCUGCAGUGCUGGUCAAGAACCUUUACUUGUCCUGUGAUCCUUAUUUGAGGAUCCGGAUGGGGCGAAUCGAGGGGUCUAGUAAUGUCUUCACUUCCUUCACCCCUGGCUCUCCAUUGAGUGGGUAUGGAGUGGCAAAAGUUUUGGAUUCGGGGAAUCCUGAGUUUAAGGAAGGUGACUUUGUUUGGGGAACAACCGGAUGGGAAGAGUAUAGUCUCAUCACAGAAACAGAACAACUCUUCAAGAUCCAUAACACCGAUGUGCCCCUUUCCUACUACACUGGACUUCUUGGAAUGCCGGGUAUGACUGCCUAUGCUGGUUUCCAUGAAGUGUGCUCGCCUAAAACAGGAGAUUAUGUGUUCAUUUCGUCAGCAGCUGGUGCAGUUGGUCAGCUUGUUGGGCAAUUUGCAAAGUUGAUGGGGUGCUAUGUUGUUGGGAGUGUUGGAAGCAAAGAGAAGGUUGAUCUAUUAAAGAACAAGCUAGGGUUUGAUGAGGCUUUCAACUAUAAGGAAGAGCAUGAUCUUGAUGCUGCUUUGAAAAGGUACUUCCCGAAAGGCAUUGAUAUUUACUUCGAAAAUGUUGGAGGGAAAAUGCUGGAUGCAGUGCUUCUUAACAUGAAACCUCAUGGCCAUAUUGCUGCGUGUGGAAUGAUCUCACAUUACAAUCUGAGUCAGCCACAAGGGUUUAGCAAUCUCAUAUCUCUCAUCUACAAUCGAAUUCGUAUGGAAGGCUUCAAUGUUUUCGACCACUUCCAUCUCUAUCCCAAGUUCUUCGAAAUGGUGUUAUCUUACAUCAAGGAAGGAAAGAUAGUGUAUCUGGAAGAUAUAGUUGAAGGCCUCGAGAGUGCUCCGGCUGCUCUAGUAGGGCUUUUUAGCGGUCGUAGUGUCGGAAAACAAGUAGUUUUGGUUGCUCCGGCCAGCUGAACGAGUUUCAUGUAUCAUCCUUUCAGGUGCCUUGUUCAUCAUAUUCUCAUGGUGCCUAUAAUGCCAGACAGCGGCAUAUAUAGUUGGCGAUUAUGCAUGGUUAGGGUUUAAAUAACUUGUGUUCAAUGUGACAAUGUUUGGAUUUCUUGAUUGAAUUUGUAGAUGUGCUACAUUGUAACUACAAGAAUAUGAUGAAGGUCCACUAGAUAAUAAUUGUCGUAUAGUAUAGUAAGAUAUAUAUGUUCGUCUUGUAUGGUCUAAAAUUCAUAAAAUUAAGUACUGAACCGAAUCACGAGUUUA